AUGCGAAGUAUCCUCUUGUUUCUACUAAUCGGUGCUGACAUUUACAAUGUUCACAUAAACAGUAUUCCUCUGAACACAUAUGGACUUCCACAAGUUCCACCCUUGUUGGGACCACAAAAUCCAUUCGGAUCAACUGCUCAUUUAGGAGCACAUUCACCAUUCGGACAACCGCCACCGUAUGGACUACCUCCAUAUUUCCUACCACCCUCAUCAUUUGGACAACCUCCACAAUAUGGACCACCUCCACCAUUCGGACAACCUCCACAAUUCGGACCACCUCCACCAUUCGGACAACCUCCUCAAUUCGGACCACCACCACCGUUCGGACAACCCCCAAACUUUGGACAACCGCCAUCAGGCGGGCAACCUCCACACUUUGGACCACCGCCAUCAGAUGGACGACCUCCUCAGUUACCACCACCCCCUCCUCCAGGAUCCCCACAGGGAUCUGCACCGAUUACCAACCACCUUCAGGUGGACAGUCCCCUCACUCGGACCACCAAUGUCCAACAAUGACGGAUCAAAACCCUCACCUCCAGCUGAAUCUGAACACCCAUCAGCGGAGAAAUAAACAAGAAUCUCAUUCCAAGUGAAAACAUUGGUAUUUCUGUGAUUUCGCUAACACUCGAUACGUUUCACCUAUGAAAACAACCAGAUAUUUCUGUCUACAAAUGAAAAAGUAGAGGAAUAAAACGUCUUCAUUCACAUUUAUCAGAGAUAUCAGUACUCUUUCAUAAUUUUGUCUACCACAUUUUAUUUUCAUAUGACAUCUUUACGAUUUGUACAAAUGUGAAUCACUCUCAUUCUCUUUCGGUUUCACAUCACACCCUUCUCAUUUCGACAGUAUAUUAUAACCAUCUUUGUUGAAUCACUUGUUCUGUUCUGUUUUGUUUUAAACAACGUACCAAUUUCGCUUUUCAGUUUCAUUAUUAAUUAAUG